CAUUGGCAGCCAGUCACUCACAUCCGCUGUCACACAAAAACAUCAAGGUUGCCAGUGCAGAGCCCGGAGGUUGUACAGUAAGUCACGUCUUGAAAGAAUGUUUUAGGUGGGUCAAAACCUUUUUAAUUCUCAGGUGGUCAGUGGGCAACGUGUCAGGGUUGGAUCUUGUUCUUGGAGGCGUGAAGUGAUUUGACAAGAAUGAAGGCUGCAUUUUUCAUUUUUCUUCUCGUCGGUCUAGCAGGGUUUGCCUGGUCCUCCUCUGCUGAGACUAAGCUAGUUAAAACUCUCUUCACUGGAUACAAUAAGGUUGUCCGACCUGUCAAUCACUUCAAGGAGCAGGUGGUUGUGACUGUGGGCCUUCAGCUCAUCCAGCUCAUCAGUGUGGACGAGGUCAACCAGAUUGUAAGCAGCAAUGUGCGGCUGAAACAGAAAUGGAAAGAUGUGAACUUGCAGUGGAACCCUGAGGAUUAUGGUGGCAUCACAAAGAUCAGAGUUCCCUCCACUGACAUUUGGAGGCCUGAUCUGGUGCUCUACAACAAUGCUGACGGUGACUUUGCCAUCGUUCAUGAAACCAAAGUGCUGCUGGAGCACACUGGCAUGAUCACAUGGAACCCGCCUGCCAUCUUCAAGAGCUACUGUGAAAUCAUUGUGCUGCAUUUCCCCUUUGACCUUCAGAACUGCAGUAUGAAGCUGGGCACAUGGACUUACGACGGAAACUUGGUUGUCAUCAAUCCUGACAGUGAAAAGCCUGAUCUGAGUAACUUCAUGGAGAGUGGAGAGUGGGUGAUGAAGGAAUCUCACAGCUGGAAACACUGGGUGUACUACGCCUGUUGUCCAGACACUCCUUACCUCGAUAUCACCUACCACUUUCUAAUGCUGCGGCUCCCGCUGUACUUCAUCGUCAACGUCAUCAUCCCCUGCAUGCUCUUCUCCUUCCUGACCGGCCUCGUCUUCUACCUUCCCACAGACUCUGGUGAGAAGAUGACUCUCAGCAUCUCUGUCUUGCUGUCUCUGACUGUGUUCUUGCUGGUCAUUGUGGAGCUGAUCCCCUCUACCUCCAGUGCUGUACCACUCAUUGGAAAAUACAUGCUUUUCACCAUGGUCUUCGUCAUCGCCUCCAUCAUCAUCACAGUCAUUGUCAUCAACACCCACCACCGCUCUCCGAGCACUCAUACAAUGCCAAAAUGGGUCCGCAAGCUUUUCAUAGAAACCAUUCCCAACAUCAUGUUCUUUUCAACAAUGAAGCGCCCUGGCAAAGAAAAGCAGGGUAAAAGCCUCUAUGGAGCUGACAUGGACAUCUCAGACAUCUCAGGCAACCAGAUAUCUGCUGUUCCCUACCAGUCACCUAUCACCAAGAAUCCUGAUGUCCGCAGUGCCAUUGAGGGAGUCAAGUACAUUGCAGAAACCAUGAAAUCGGACGAGGAAUCCAACAAUGCUGCUGAAGAGUGGAAGUUUGUGGCCAUGGUGCUGGAUCACAUUCUGUUGUGUGUCUUCAUGGCUGUUUGUCUCAUUGGUACAUUAGGAGUGUUCGCAGGGCGUCUUAUUGAGCUGAGCACACUGUAAAGGCCUGUCCCCAGUUUGUUGCUCCAUGUGAAACAUAUUUAUUACUAUUGUCUUUGAUGGCACAAUAUAUACUGUAUGUAAAUCUCUGCUUUUUAUUGUUUUGCAGUACGGCUUUUUAAAUAUGUACUGUACAAGUAUAUACAUUAUACUGCAACAAGUUAACAUGUUUUGUCAGAGUGGUGUUGUUUUCCUUUUUGUUUCACUGUACACGUGAAAUGUAAAUGUUUAUGAACUUUCUUGGACAUGCUGAAAAGGAACAAUAUAACCCGUGUGUAUCAUAGUGUGAUUUAUUUUUGAUAGACUUUUAGCAUAUUUAGAGACAUAUGUGAGUAGAUACAAUACAAUCACACAUGAAUCGUAAUAUAAAAUACUUUUACACUUGGACUACAUAAAGGACAUGGGGGGAAAUACCUGCCCCCUGAAACAUUGUUCCACUGCACUGUUCAUUUUGCAUAGAAUUUUCUACCAACUCUCUAUUUGAUACUCAAAUAAAUAUGGAAAUAUCCACAUUUA